AUGGGAGAAGCUAAAACAGGACAAAUCAGCCUGAAGCUCCUUAUAGACAGAAACGAAAACAAAGUUAUUUUCGGUGAAGCUGGGAAAGAUUUUGUUGAUUUUCUUUUCCAUUUUCUUUCUCUUCCAGUAGGAACCGUUGUGAAGCUUCUCUCGAGAAACAAAAUGGUUGGUUCAUUGGGGAAAAUUUACGGAAGCAUCGAAUCCUUGAAUGCCAGCUACAUGGAGCCUAAUGUGAAUAAAGAUCAUGUUCUUAAUCCAAGAGUUUAUUCAAGCCAUGGAGAUGCUCCUCUCUUGUUAGGCCACAAAAGCGAGGGUGAUCAAGAUAAUGACACCAAGUAUUUGAAAAGUAAUGUGAAAUGGUGUAACUGUGGGCGGCCUAUGAACUAUGUGAAGAAGACGUACCCUUCUCCGGAGAAAAAAAAGGGUGUCGAAACUGGGAAGGGAGGGUAUGUGAAAGAGCUGGCUAAUUACAUGAUCAUGGAUGAUCUUGUGGUCAAGCCGAUGUCGACUAUUUCUAGCAUUACUCUUCUGAGUGAAGUUAAAGACAUGAGUGCAGUUAAGACUCUUGAGGUUUUCAUAGGAAAGAAUGAGGUAUAUGGUAUUAGAGCAUCUCCAGCAGUGUCUUAG